AUGAUUCUCCAAGAGGAUGCAGUGCAGCCCAGCCCAGCCCGCCCUCUCGACAAACUGACAACUCGCCAGUUCCAGCCCAUUUGCGCCUGUCUCCCCUCGAUCAAUUGGCUGUCGAUCAUCAUGGUCCAGCCCAUUUUGGCCGUUCUGGCUCUUGCUGCCUCGGCAUCGGCUGCCUUUACCGGCAACCUCAACUACUUCUCGCCGUCCAAGCACCAUGCCUCGCUCGGCGUCUCCAUCAACAAGGUGGCCAAGCGCACCUACGCCAGCUCGCACUGGGACCCGGCCAAGCUCAACUUCACCCACGGCGUAGCUUCCGGCGAUCCCUUCGAGGACAGCGUCAUCCUGUGGACGCGGGCGGCGCCGAAUGCCGACAACGACAAGAGCAACGUGACCGUCACCGGUUACGUGCCCUUGUACGACCACAGCACCGAGGACUACGUCAAGAAGAGCGACUCUCCGGUCUGCGUGGACUGGAAAAUCAGCACGAGCAAGACCCUCGACCCUGUUGUGGAUUCCGGCACGGUUUACACCAGCUCCGAUGUCGAUUACACUGUCAAGGUCGAGGCCAGGAAGCUGGCACCAUUUACCGUGUACUACUACCAAUUCAGCGUGUGCAACUCCAACAACACGUCUCCCGUCGGCCGCACCAAGACGAUUCCCGCAAAGAACGCCAAGGUUGACACACCCAUCAAGCUGGCCGUGUACUCUUGCAGCAACUACCCUUUCGGCUUUUUCAAUGCCUACGGAAACACCGUCAGGAAGGACUCUGUGGAUUACGUGAUUCACCUUGGUGACUACAUCUACGAGUACGGCAACGGCGAGUAUGGUUGGGGCAACUCUCUUGGUCGCAUCCCCCUCCCGGACCGUCAGAUCUAUACCUUGUACGACUACCGAAAGCGUCUCGCAACUUACAGGACCGACUUGGACCUGGUUGCAAGCCAUCAAAACUUCCCGUGGAUUCCUGUGUGGGACGACCACGAGGUGUCUGACAACACAUGGAGAGAUGGCUCUUCCGAACUGAACAACACCGAGGCAUCCUUCAUCGCCGACGGUGGCGUUUCGGUGGACCAGCGCAAGAUGAACGCUGUACGCGCUUACUUUGAGUGGAUGCCUAUCCGCCAAGUCGAUAUGGAUGACAACCUCCGGAUCUGGAGAGAGUUCAACUUUGGCAACCUUUUCGACCUCGUCAUGCUCGACACUCGGCAGUACGACCGCGCUAUCACGGACGUCUACACCAACACCGACUACAUCCACGCCAUCUCCAACGACGCCAGCCGCUCCUUGAUGGGCCCCCGCCAAGAGGCCUGGUUCUACAAGACGCUCCGCGAGAGCUCCUCCCGCGGCGCGACCUGGCGAGUCAUCGGCAACCAGAUCAUCUUCAGCCGCAUGAACGAGAGCCUGUCGCUCGGGGCCGAGAACCCGCUCAACUACGACCAGUGGGACGGGUACCAGGCCAACCGCAACCGCACCUUCCAGGUCCUGUACGAGGACAAGGUCGACAACAACAUCUUCCUCGCCGGCGACUCGCACGCCUCGUGGGUCUCGGACCUCGUCUGGCUCGGCGAGCACGAGUACGACCAGGACACGGGCUCCGGCUCCGUCGGCGUCGAGUUCGCCGGCUCCGCCGUCAGCUCGCCGUGCCCGGCCGGCCAGAACAUCACCCUGGCCAAAGCCAACGCGGGCUCGGCGUGGCUCACGGGCGCCAACCGCGAGCUGCAGUGGCAGGACCUGUACUACAGGGGCUACUACGAGCUCAGCAUCGACUACGACGCCGUCAACGCGUCCUUCUUCGGCAUCCCCACCACGCGCAUCAAGCAGGGCCACGAGAUCUCUCUGGCCAACUUUACCGUCCUGGCGGGCGAGAACAAACUGCACCGGUGGAACGGCUCUACGGCCGUCGGGGGCGUCGCUGAGAGCGGAAGCUUGAAGAACGGGAGGGUUGCCCAGACGAACCUGACGCAUGAUACGACGACCGGGGAGUACCUCAAGUACAACGCGCCAUGA